UAAUGAGAAAAUGCUGUGGCAGCAACACGAAAGAUACUGACCCUGAAGUGCAUUUCCAGAGUAGUCCUGAUUUCAACUUUUGAUUUAGGUUGUCAUGAGACAACUGCACUAUCUUUCGAUCUGCUGCUGCGUCGUAGCUUCAGCAAUAGCCUUUACUUCUCCAGUGCAUUCUAAUGGGCGGUCGAGAUGUCUUCGCGAAUCGCUGCGGUAUCGACGCCAUAGGAAGCAGCUCAAUUACGUUUCUCCUCGAGUGCGAGAAGAAACAACGCCGUUUUUAGAUUUGAGCUCUACCCUUCCAGAUUUGACAACCACAUCAUCAACUGCACCGGAAUCGGAUAUCGUUUCGCCAGAAGUGUCCGCUCCAGAAAUGGUUCUAAAAGAAGCUACGUCUACUAAGACAGCUUUUCCGGCUUCUUGGUUUCAAGUGUCUCGAAUCCUUCAAUUAGUAGUGCUUCUCCGCACACUGGGAAAGCAUUUGUCGCCUCCAUCGAAGCGAGAACAUAUUCUGUCAACUCCACUCCGCAACAAAAAUCCGCUGUCCAAUCUUUUGCAGCUUCGACAAAUUUAUUUCCGACGUCUCUCCAAUUGGGCUUUUGAAGUCUGUGAUCCUUCCCGUUCGGGACAGUUGACACCAACCGAACUAUACGCUGGUAUCCUGUUGAUUCAUCUUCACUUGGCCCGGUACGCUGGAGUCGCCGCCUGCCAUCCACCGGAUCGAACACAAGUUGAUGAAUUCUUCCGGUUGGCCGAUCCCAAACAAUCCGGAACAAUUGGCAAACAAGAAUUCACUAAUAUUGUGCUUUUGACCUUCGCCCAUAUUGGCAGUCGAAUGCUGGCAUAUUACGUAAUAUUACUCGCCGCGAUGCCUCUCUUCUCGUCCACACUAUGGCGCCAGUGGUACACAGCAUUUCCCUACCGAGCGACACCGAGCUGGUGCGGACAUCUCAUCAUUGGAACAGCCGAACACGUCGCAUCCUUGUUGCUCUUUGUUCUGGUAGUCCCCAUUAUAUUUGAACACGUCGACCGCAUCGCCCGCCACCUUGUUCGAAGGCGCCGUCCACAGCGUCGCCCUUACUGGUAGGAACAAGAUUUUAUUCAAGAUACUUCUAAAUCGACAUGAUGUCUGUGACAACUUCAUUGCAAUUCACGCUCGACACCGACUUCUUACACAACUACUCCCCCAACAAUUGUGUAUGACUUGCGUCCUGUAAGACAAUGCCCUCUGAUUGUGAGUAAGCUAACAUUUUAUUGCUCCUUCUUUGUCUUCGUGUACCAAUCGAAAUGACCGUUGAAUCCACGCCAUACCUCUGGAAACACAUCGUCGUGGAACCCAAUGGGAUGGCGGAAGGCGUCUGGCAUCAAAAAACGAUCCCGUCCUGUACGGUGCGUCCCAAUUUGGCAAGGGAUGCGAGAGAGAUGAACUCCAGUUCAUAAGGGACCAUUUUCUCUCGUAUACCACAUCUCGUCUCGCGCCGGCACGACACUGGCAAGAUCCCAACUUUCCCCACUUUCCGAUGGCAUCAUUAAAAAUCGGACAACACCCGUGAAGAUGCCAAGGCGUGCUCCAGAGAUGGUGCGUGGCUAAGUACAAUGAACAAAUCGGAGUUACGUCGUGAGAGUAGUUUGCGUUUUUGCCUUCACAGCCACCACAUUGAUGGUCGCAGUUGGCUCGGGAAGGCGCUACGAGGUAGGCAUUAGAAUCUCAGCUUGGGAUGGAUUUUCAGCGAUGACCAGUCUUUUAAAUCAAGGGACACG